AUGGUGGUUUGUGGGUGUGGUGGUGGUUUUAGUGGCGGUUUUAGUUGUAUGUUUAGUGGUGGUGGUUUUAGUGGUGGUUGGUGUGGUGGUGGUUUGAGUGGUGGUUUUAUUUGUGGUGAUUUAAGUGGUGGUAGUUUUAGUGGUGGUUUUAGUGGUGCUUUUAAUGGUGGUGGUUUUACUGGUGUUGUGACUCAGGAUCAAGAGAGUGCUCUCUAUAUUUGUGACUCCGAGUCAAGAGAGUGCUCUCUGUAG